AUGAGCAACAAAUCGCAGCCAUCAUCCUCGUCCGAGUCGGAUCACAAGCGCCACGAGUCGGAGUAUGCGGAAGAGACUAACAACCCAGGACUCGACGUCCUGUCACUCUCACGAGCGCUCAAAGCAAGAAAAGCCGAGUAUACCCGCCGGCGAUCUAUCCGAGUCAAAGUUGGGACCUGGAAUGUAGCCGCCAUUCCCGGGACCGAAACAGACGUUGGGAGAUGGUUUGCUGAAGGAGAAGGCGUGUGUGAGCAAUUCUCCGGGACUAAAAGCGUACCACAACCGGAAACCCAUGGCGAGCCGAAGGCGGCCGGAGAUAAAACGGCGCCCUUUCACUACAGUCCCGAAGAGAUAGACCUCUACGUCUUGGGGUUGCAAGAAGUUGUCGAUGUUUCUUCUCCUGCAGAAGCGCUACGGCCAUAUGUUGAUCCAGCACCAUCAAGGAGAUGGAAGGAGGCAGUCGACAAGGCACUACCCUCGGGGUAUCGCCUUGUCUCCGAAGUUCAGCUCGUCGGCCUGCUACUUCUGAUAUAUGCGUCACCCUCCAUUGGAACCAGUGUCUCUUCUAUCAGUAGCACCUCUGUUGGAACAGGCUUGAUGGGCUACAUGGGAAACAAGGGCGCUGUUGCAACGCGUCUUGUUUUGGGUGAAACCACUCGUUUGGUCUUUGUCAACUCUCACCUGGCAGCAGGGUCUGAUAAGAGUAGCCUGGAGCGACGUAACUGGGACUCUUCACAGAUCGUUCAGCGGGCUAGGUUUGACCCUAUCAUUUCAUUUGAAGGCGAACCAUCAGAUGAGUCGAGCGAGGCGAUUGGAGAUGAAGAUUUCACUUUCUGGUUUGGCGACCUCAAUUACCGCCUUGAUGAUAUUCCCGGGGAGGACGUACGCCAAGUACUCGCCCGGCACACGGCCAAUACUUACGAUAGAGAUCGCCUAGCAAAGUUGGCAUCAAGCCGUUCUGGGGAUUCGGGGGAUUCGGGAGAUUCGGGCGAUUCGGGCGAUUCGGAAGAUUCCGAGGCCGGUACCGACGACCAGUUACCCUCUCCCCCAGCUGAAGAAGAGACAACCCCAGUCACCGAAGAAGAGAUAGAUCCUCAUAAUGACCCCGCAUCUCUCCAAACCACAAUUUCUUCACUUCUCCCUCACGAUCAACUCCGAAUUCAACAAACCAAAGGAGCAGCUUUCCACAAGGGGUGGCGAGAAGGUCACAUCUCAUUCUUGCCGACGUACAAAUAUGACAUCGGAAGUGUGGCCAUGUUCGAUACGAGCGAGAAACAACGAGGUCCGAGCUGGUGUGAUCGGAUCUUGUUUCGUACCCGUCAGGAUAAGCUGAGGCACGAACGGCUCGACCAGGAAGCCGAGGAAGCUCGAAAGAAGGACGAAGAGAUGAAAGCAAGCGGAUUGGACAAGGCUGUUGCCGACGAUAAUGUUUUGUUUGAAUAUGACCCCGAUACAGAUGGUGCACAUAGCGAGGAGUACAUAUCAGACGAGGAUCAGCAUGAUGAUGAGGAUGAUGCACCAACAGUUGCAUCGCACGAUCUUUCUCAUGAUCCAAUUCGUCUGGAUCACUAUGUGUCAUAUCAAGGCAUCCUAUCAUCGGACCACAAGCCUUUGGUUGGCAUUUUCACAUUGAACUUUGAUGCGGUCAACCCCGACCUCAAGGCGAAGAUUCAUCAAGAAGUGGCCCGUGAAUUGGACAAGGCCGAGAAUGAGGCUCGACCGAGUCUGACUGUUGUAGUAGAUAGACAUGGUGAUCAAACCGUCUCAGAGAAAGAGCCCGAUGCUGUUGAUUUCGGCGAUGUUGCUUUUGAUGUGCCCGUUCAUCGCUCCCUAACCAUUGCCAAUACCAGUGGGACUGCAGCGACUUUCUUAUUUGCAGAACGGCAUAGUGAUAAAGACAACACUAUUGCCCAACCGCCUUCGUGGCUCGACAUCCACAUUUCCUCCAAGUCAGCGGACACUGCCGAUGGCAGCAGCCAAGCGAUGGCUUCUUCGUCUGGAGGCCAUAUUUUGCUCCCUGGAGAAGUAGCAAAUGUUGAGGUCAUGGCUCACAUUCGAAGCAUCGAACACGUUCGGCUACUCAACAUAGGAAAGGUCAAACUUGAGGAUAUUCUGGUUCUUCAUGUGGACGGUGGGCGCGAUCAUUUUAUUUCUGUGCAUGGCCAUUGGCUACCCACCUGUUUUGGCUGCAGUAUCGACGAAUUGACUCGCAUGCCAGAAGCGGGUGCUCGCAGUUUGACUGAGUCCGAAACUCAUCCCUUCAGCACAGAUCGUCCCGUUGAAGUCCGCUUGUCGGCCCCCCGCGAACUUUUCCGCCUGACUGAAGCGAUUUCCGAGCUCACAGAGCGCGCCAUCGCAGAGUGGAGCAUGAAAAAUGGUGAAUCCGAGGAGCAUAAGGCCCCAUGGACAACGGAACUUUCUGGAGGAGCAUGGCCUUUCCAACCUGAUACAUGGACUCUCAAGGAUCGGCAGGAGCGGUAUGCCCUACAAGCCUCUGUACGUCAAGCCCUCGACACCAAUGAAUCCCUCGCCACUGUCUUUGCUCCCGAGGUCUCAGCGCUCCACCGGUUAGAGAUACUCUCCGAGACCCUCCUCACAUUCCUCAAUGCCCUCGAAGACGGCGUUGUCACCGCGAAAGUAUGGCAAGACAUGGAGCAACAGAUCAUCGCGCGCGAGAAAUCCAAAUCCUCGCCCCGAACCUGGGACGAGACCCAGGCCUGGGUGCUUGAGCAUCUAGCCUACUCCCCUGCCCACAGCGUCUCAUUUACCUUCGUCACAUUUAUGCUCGCUCGUAUCGCCAAUGAGGUGGCCCCAAUCUCUUCUAACUCAUCGCGAGUCACUUCUCCCAACGAAGGGAAGCCAGCCAAUUCCAAAGGACCUACAGAACAGCAACCUGUACCUGUGAAUCUGGAUCAAACCCAGUCGCCUACUUCGGUUUCCGCUACCACAUUUAUUACCAGCGGAAGUUUCCGCCGCAAGAAUCGAACCACCAGCACAUCCACUAGCUCCAGUUCCGAUGUGACUAUUCAGAACCCUUCUAUAGCUCACCGACAAGCAGUUGAGACUGCUCUGGCAUCUAUCUUUUCGCGCGUGCUUAUUUCUGGCUCCGCUCCGCUGCCGACCAAGGAGAAAGAGCGUCGUAUAUCUGAAGAGCGGAGACGAUCGAUCAUUGAACCAUUCUUGAAGAUGGUUGGAGUGGACGACCGAGGACCUUCUGGAGGCCGGCCUUGA